CGGUGUUAACCGGCCUGUUUAGUUUGUUACAACAUCUUUCCUUAUAUCGAUCGAUCUGUACGCACAUUGCUGUUACAACUUCAAGAACCCUAACCCUAACCCUAAUUCUACCCCUCAAUUAAUCACCUUCAAAUCGGACAUGCCUCCUCGAAGAGCGUCGGUAAGGCGCAAUAAACCAACAGCCACCACCGCAACUACACCUGUAGCCGCUCACCAAUCACCGGCACCAAAAGUCAAUCCAUCGGAUGAUUUGAAAGUCAACGAGCCGGUACCUGAGAUACCUGUUCCGGAACAAGUUUCCGAUCCCAAUCCUGCUGAAAUUGAGGCCGUUGCUGUUGAUGUUGCAUCCGAAUCGAUGAAAAAGGAGGAAUUGAAUGAAUCGAAGGAUGAAAACGGUGUCGUUGAGGAGGAUUUACCGUUGGGAAGUGAGGCUGUUGAUGAAGGAAAGAAAGUGGUAGACGAGGAGACGAAAGAGGAAGAGGAUGUAGAGGAAAUUGAGAAUUCGGAUGAAGAACCGGAGGAGGGCGAAGAGCAGGAGGAAGAUGAAGAAGAACCGGAGGAGGAUGAAGAACCGGAGGAGGAACAAAAUGCAGAAAUAGAUUCUGCUCAAGAAGAAACGACUGCUACCCAAGUUGAUGACUCUAAAAUACUUAAUGACAAUAACAAUGAUGUUAAAGAUUCUGACAUCGGCAAAUCACUUUGCAAGAAUAAUGACGACAUAAAGGGUACAACAGACAUGACCUCCAUUCAAGCUGUUAGCACCCAAACUCUAGCUAUCGAAGAAGAUUCCAUGGAGGACAUGUAUGAUGAUGAAAGUGAUGAUGAAAACGAGGGAGAUGAUGCAGAUAACGGAGGUGGUGAAGAUCAAGAUCCUUCUAUUAUUGGUCAGGAUUCUUCCCCUGAUAAUAAGAAAGAGAAGGGCACAGAACUCUAUGUUGGAAAACUGGACAAGAAUGUAGUUGAAGAGGAUCUUGUUAACAUCUUCCAACAGUUUGGGGAGCUGAAAUCAACUAGAAUAGUGAGGAAACCAAACAAUAAUAAGAGCAAAGGUUUUGCAUUCGUUAGGUUUGCAUCUGUCGAUCAAGCAAAACGUGCUCUUUCUGAGUUGAAAGAUGGAGUUGAGGUGAGGGGCAAACGUGUAGUGAUAUCAGCAAGCCAGGACAACGAUACACUCUAUUUGGGAAAUAUUUGCAAAACAUGGACAAAAGAGCAAGUGUUACAACAAUUGAAAGAAUAUGGAAUCGGAAAUAUUGAAGUGCUCCGUAUUCCUGAAGAUCCCAAGAUUGAUAAGAAAAACAAGGGGUUUGCUUUCUUGGAGUUCAAAACACAUGCGGAUGCAGUAGAAGCUUUUAAACGUCUUAAAAAGCCAGAUGUGGUUUUUGGUCGUGACAUAAGUGCUAAAGUUGCUUUUGCGGAAACACCUAAGCAUUUAAGUGAUGAAGACAUGUCACAUGUCACUAAGGUACGUUUGGAAGGAAUCACUAAAGAUUGGACUGAGGAGAAGGUUAAAGAUAUUUGUGAAAAGUACGGUGAAAUUGUUAAGAUAAAUUUACGCCCAAGCACACGAGGUAAAUACAAAGAUUUUGGGUUUGUCACUUUUAAUUCUCCGGAAAGUACUCGAGCAUGCGUCGAGGGGAUUAAUAAUACUGCUAUUGGAGGAGAAGCCAAGAUUAAAGCCAGCAUUGCAAAGUCUCAACAGAUGGGUCAAAUUCAGAAGCAGGGUUUUCAAGGUGGAUACAAAGUUGAGAAGCAAAGUGAAAACUCUAAUAAAAAAACACAAUCUAAAUCAUCAAAGAUGAAAGGUGUUUCGAACGCCCAGCAAGCUAAAACAAACAAAAAACAUCCCUCCAAAAAUAAGAUGAAAGACAACAUCGUUAAGCCUCAACAAAAGGGACCACAUAAAAAAGAUGGUGAAAGCUCUAAAGAGGCCGGGUUAUCAAAGAUGAAAGGUGAUAACGCCUCUCAACAUGGUCAAAGAAAACGAAAAGCAUCCUCUGAGCAGAAGUUGAAUGCUCCCGAUCUCGGUACUCCAAAAAAACCAAGAAAUGGAGGUCAAGCUCAAAAUAGUCAACCUGUCUCUAAAGCAGGAAGUAACAAAAGAAAGAAUGCCUCGGGGAAUGAAGCCCGUGAAGACAGAGGUAACAGAAACGCACAAGGCAAAAAGCCCUUCAAGAAACAGAAAGGCAAUAUGCAUGGGCGGGAAAGAGAUAAUUUUAGGAAACCAAAGAGUGAUGCGUACACUAGAAGAGGACGUGAUGAAUACAGAAAUUCCAGCAGAUAUAUAGACCCAUAUGCAGCACCAAAAUAUGCUGCAUCUGCUUCCAAUGAUUAUCAUGUGGCUUCUGAUCAUUCGUUGUCUACAAGGCGUUACAAGGAGAUGGAACCGCAUGCUGGAUACAUUGAACCAUCGCGCUCAGGAUAUGCUCCUCAGCAUGUAGUUAGAGCUACUCAUAGCCAACAUCAUCAGUCUAUGUAUCUUGGACCGCCUUCCACAGGUCAAAGUCAACUUUAUCCGAGAUAUUUAGACCAACCUGUUAUGAGUCAAUCUCAUAGGGGGGGUUACAUCGAGACUACUGCUGUUGCACCUGAGGUUCAACCUUAUAGAGAUUACCGUCCUUCUGCGAUUGUACAUGUUGCUCGCAGUCCUUAUGAAUCUGGGCUUGCAAGAGUUCGGCAUGAUGACAGAGGGGCUGGUGCUACUUAUGUUGGAGGUCCACCUCUUUCAGCUUCUCAAGUUCCAGAUCGCACAAACUACUUGGGUCCACCUCUUUCAGCUUCUCAAGUUCCAGAUCGCACAAACUACUACCAGGCGGCUGGUGGGAGUUACGGUGGAGCUUACAAUGCUCAUAGGGGAUACUACUAAGUAAUAAGCAAAUAAAGUUGUUUAAUUCUCAGGGAUUAUUUAUCUUAUGUCGGUAUGUUGCGAAUUGUUCUUUAAAUUUCCAAUGUAUGUUUUAACUUGAUCGAAGUCAGCACAAUUGAUGAAUGGCUUGCCUUUAAUUUCAAAAUUUUCAACAAAAAAAA